AUGCAACAGCAAUUGCUGUAUGAUGUGUGUCUCCGUCAGGCGGGCUGCAGAUUCCGAAAGGGAGUCAGUCGGCUGGAAAUAGAAGCUUCUCAGUCCAAACCACACAGAGGAUCUACAAGACCGACCGUACUUAUUUUGUCCAACAUGGAGAACUCAACUACUGGUGAUGAUAUGAGUGUAAACUGUGAAGAAAAGAAGCAUCAUGACAAAGAAACAGACAAACCUUCAGCUGAUGAGCACACGUCAGACAGUCAGGGAGGCGUUCCAGUACAACCCGUCAAAGAGAAAGGACGUAAACUCGGAUCUGUGUCGGCUAUUCCAGAUGAUCAGUACAACUUCAUCAUUGGUAUUCUAGAAGGUCACAUACAGCUGAAUUCGAUCUCAAAGAGCAAACGCACUAAAGCCCAGAAGGCAGCCAUUAUGCGUCUAUGGCGCAACAAAGGACUCCUGCAGGUUGCGAAAGUCCACAAUCCCCUAACUGGGAAGAAGGAGAAGCGGCUGAUAUCCAAGAAAGAUGCGAGGAUCAUACUGAGGGAGAGUGAACGAGCUAUCGUUACACAGAAAUACCACCAGAACCACAAGGGUAACGGAGCUCGUCGCCUCUUUGGCGUUGUGAAGGAUUCUUUCAUUGGAUGCAGUAGGCAGAGCAUCCAGAGUGAUCUCAAGAAGUUCAAAGUUUCUCAGGAGCGCAAGUUGGGGCCAUCAGUGGAAACCACUUUUCAGCCACCUCUUAAGGUGCUUAAGGAGCCACAAGAGCGCCAUCAGAUUGAAAUUGUGUCUCUAGAAGGGACUGUCAAGCAGAAAGCAAAGACCUGUGUACUGGUUGUCCAGGAUGUGUUCUCCAAGUUCGUAUGGCUGAGGCCUGUCACUAAAAAAGACAGUGUUGAGAUAACCCACCAUCUUAUGGCUUUGUAUAGUGAGUACGGGCCACCCCAAGAACUACUAUUUGACCACAAAGAAAAGUUUUAUGACACAAUUAAACAAAUGUGUGUUGAUUUAAAAAUUCAGCGUAUUAACGGUGUUGUGACAAGACGCCAAUGUGAAGCAAGUGACAGUUCAGAUGGACUUUGGAAAGAGAAAAUGACAUUAGACUUGUUUCAGUUUGCAAACAGUAAUGCGAACUGGGUAGCAAAUCUCCCGAGCUACCAACAAAGCCUUAAUGAAGAAAGGCACCAAUCACUGGGAAUGUUAAACCCAUUCGAAUUGUUUUUCGGACGGACUUCUAAUACACUCCCUAGUAAAAUGUGCUUGGGUGAAAAUUCUUCUGAAGUAGAUAUGGCCAAUGUGAGCAUGAAACUAGAAAAUGAGUUCAGCCAUGAAGCAUUAGACCAAUUAACACAGCAAUCAUCUGGGACACCGGUGCAUACUUUCGCUAACACCCACUUCAUGGAGAAUAUCCUUCAGAGAAUCAGUUCUAAAAGCUCUAGUGACUGCAAAGCACUACACGCUUUUAUAAACACUCACCUGAAGCUAUCGACCUCAAAAGACUCUGUCAACAAAAUGAGGGACGAUCUCAUUACACAUGCAAUGGAGUUGGGAUAUUUUGAACGAGGAGACACCCCUAGAGACGGCAACUGCCUAUUUCAUGUACUUGUUGAUCAGUUGAGCAGGGCUAAAGUCAACAGUCGACUGGACCACAGGCAGCUGAGACAUCAGUUAGUUGAUCACCUCAGGCGGAAUCCCACAAACUCAGAUGGCGAGCAUCUGCAGUCCUUCCUGUAUGCAAUGACCUGGGAGGAGUAUUUGAACAGGAUGGAAGAAAAUGAGUGGGGAGACCAGUUCAUUCUUCAAGCCUUCUCAAGUCUAUACCAGGCGACCAUCCACGUUAUUUCAAGUCUUGGGGAGAACUAUAACUACAUAGUGACCCCCAUCGCGGAAACACCCAAAGGACAAGAGUUAAUCUUGGGGCACAUAUUUGAGAGGCACUACAUUAGCCUUGAGCCCUUGGAUUCACUGUCACCCGAAAACUCGCCCUUGUCAGUGCUUCACCCGGCCUCCAAUAGUGCAACUAACACCCAUGUUGUGGUGCAACAGGUAGAAACAAGCUAUGAAGAUGUUCUACAGUACUUUGCAGAGAAAGACAGCAUGCAGAAACGAAGCAGGGUAGUACUUGAGAGAGAGGACAGCUCUCCAUCAUCUGGAUUCACACGCAUAUGCACUAGAGGGCCUCGUUCUAGGUUCUUUUUGGACUUUAUGAAUGAGAGCGGCAGGCAGUACACGACCAAUGGGACAGUUGCGCUCGUCCCGGAAGAAGAUAUGCAAAUCUACAAUGGAAUUGAUGAUGUCAUCGGUCAGAGUCUUAGCGAUGGGGACUGGAUCGAGGAGAUCUGCCCACCAUUCAUUUAUUGGGUGACGCGGGUGCGAUCAUUGACUAGACCUGUGCAGCGUUUAUCGGCCAAUGUUGCUAUCCUUUUCCGUGCUGAGUGUGAUGAGUACAGAUCCUGGUGUCUCCGUGUUAAGGACAGUAUGCCUCAUGCUUUGCUCUAGAAGUAACGUUGGAUUAUCACCCUUGAUAGGAUUUUUACAGAAACUAUUUUAGAAAUUAAUGAUUUAUUUGUUUAGUAUAACAUCAAAUAUAUCUACUGUGUAAUGGUAUGAACUUUUAGUUGUUUUUAUCAAGAGAGCUACUGUGCUUAGUUGGAAUAAUUUGCCUCUCAUGUAAAAUAUUUGUAUUGUGGUGAUCUCACUCUUGACGGCUUGCCCUUAGUCGACUCAUUGAGUGGCAGUUGAGUAGGACAUCGUUUUUGUGCAUUCCAAUACCAGGUGCUCUGAGCUCACUCUAACAUACAUUUACAUACCUAAUGCACUUCAUUGCACCCUUCGGAACCAAUUACUGGGUUGACUCAACACACACACAAGAGUUGCAACCUUGACUUUACUAAAGUAGCCUUUAAAUAAGGAUGACCCCUAUAUAUGUGGAAUUACUCAUGCAAAAUCAGGUGAUUACACGUAAACAUAUACAACAGGGUUUGAUUGUUUAUUGUUAAAAAAUUUGACAUCGAGCCAGGGAAAGAAUACGGCUUACAUUGAUUACUGCACUAGACUCCUUCGUUUUCUCUGCUGGUACAAGAUGCAGGAACACUGCCUCCUAGUCUCACUUUACUUCAUCGCAGAUUGUCUUGCCUUCCUCACCAUACAGGUUUCUCGUACCUCUCUGAUGCGAAUCGUCUGCCCAGGAUGGAGCUUCUCAGUGAGCAUUGGUUGUAGCCAGGCCGGGAUGGGCUUCUCUCCCGGUGGGCUCCUCAGACUCAACUGAACCCUUGUUCCUGUCCCAAACCAUCUCCAUCAUGCUUCCAGAUCCCAGUACAUAUGUGUGGGAAACAAGUCUAACACAGCUAGACCACAGCUUUCCACACGUUAUCCCUGUACUUCAAGCAGGACUUCAUCUCUCACCGUGAAUACCUCUGCAUCUCCUGCAGCUAUUGGUUAGUCCCCAAUCAGAUAUAUCUUGCAUGCUGGGGGUCGUGCCAGUCAUCACCUGCCCAGAUGCUUUAAAACUGACUAGGACAAAUCAAACGGUAGAUCCUUGGGUGCUCAUAACACUGCAAAAGGUGCUGGUUUCUUGACCUCUUUGUUUGCUCAAUCACCCUCGGCAGCAUUCAUAUCAAUAUUUCCUGGGCUCUCCACAUUGUACAAAGUCCUUCAUCGGCUUUCUAGUUGAUGACGUCUUCAAAGGUGGAGAUUCUCUUUUAUUCCUGCUUCUUCUCUGGGUACCUAGGUGACCUGGAGUGCUGUCUUCGUGUGACGACAAUUGCUGCCAGCAUCACUGCGCCUUCUCUGGUCCCGCUUUCCAUAUGUCUCGUCUUGAUUGCACUCUAUUUCUUCCACUUUACCUGAGUGGCGUUCUCGGUAGUGUGCUCGAAGAUGGUCCUUUCUCUUGUACAUGUGUAUCUGUUUGGACACCGAAGACACCAGUAGCGAAGUCUUGGGCUAUUUACUCUCCUCGCGUGACGUUCAAGGCACUUCUUGAGCAUCGGCAUCUGACAUUCAGGACCCUUCCUGUGGCUCUGAUCCAGUCUUUUUCUUCUUGUCUCCCCCAUUUCUCUUUCUGUGAGACAGACGACACAAAAAUAGGCUCGAGUUUUCUUUACUGCUACUUCUACUUGACAUCCCUACUUCUAUAUAUCUGCCGUGGCUGAAGGCUCUUGCACGGAGACACGUCUGUCCAUUUCGUUCAUGAUUGUAACACCUUCCUGUCUUGCAGUGGAGACAGUUGCCCACAACUGCCAUGGCAAAACCAAAAGCGUCAACUAAACAAAAAAAAAACACAUAAUAUUUAGCAAAACACCAAAACUCGAAUUAACAGGAACACUCAAUAAAUAUGUAUACCAAAAUACAAACGAUGGGUUCAUCAGACGUGAUUUAAUACUUCAGGAUUCAAUUCACACAGAAGAGAGAACAUAAAAAUAAAACCAGUUAUUGUUGGAUGAAAGCAGUUGUUCAGGGCUCCUAUAGACAAACAAACCUAGCAUGCAACAAAAUUUUCUACAAAAGCUUGGCCGUUAGAAAAAGCCGGCAGCAUGAUCCUUUUUAGCUCUCUUACUGGCAAUGUGAGGGUUCUUCAACAUGCUGCUACUACAGGUAAACAAAUGGUUUGAUGUUGCUUGGGCUGGAAACACUCGUGGUCAAAUGUGAUUGAGACAAGCAACUUGUCGGAUCAAGACAGUCUUGACUUUUGACCAAGAAUCCACUCCCAUGGUUCCUUUUAUUGUCCUUUAUGUUGCCAAACAUAAUGUCCAUCUAGAGAGCUAUUCGCCCACUUUGUAAUUCGACAAAGAUGUUUCCACUGGUCAGCAAAAGGCUACCACCGGCUGUUCGCAUUCUGUAGCCCACGGUCCUCAAUUUUAUAGAAGAAUGUAGACGACAGAACCGUGUCUGUGUCGCCUGUAUCAACAUGAAGAUUCACCCCCCCCCCCCUGCACACUAUAGAUUAGACGCCAGAACACUGCCUUUUGGUCUCACUUUAUCUUAUCGCUGAUGGUCUUCCCUUCCUUACCAUACAUGUACGUUUCUCGGAUCUCUCUUUUGCGAACCGUCUGCCAAGGUAGGAGCUUCUCAGGGAGCAUUGGUGGUAGCCAGGGCGGGAUGGGCUCUCCUUAUGGAGAUUUGUUGUCCUCAGACUCAACCGAACCCUUGUUCCUGUCCUAUCCAUCGUGCCAACUGCUUUUACACUCACCACCUUUCUAGGUGCCUUGUCUGUAGGUAUGCCCUCGAGGUCCCAGUCCAUAUUUGCAGGAGACAGACCUAUUAAAGUGCAAGUUCUUUACCAUGCCCCUCUACUUCAAGCUGGACAUCAUCUCUCACCGUGAGUACCUCUUCCCUCCCUGUAGAAUACGUAAGUCCAAUCAUCGGGUCUCCAUUCGCAGACAGUUGCUCAGGCAUCUUUGCACGUUGGGGGUCGGGCAAGUCACUACCUAUCAAGGUGCUUUCUUACUAGAGGAGGACAAAUCCAAUGGUAGAUCCUCGGGCACUCUGUACAAUAUUUCUUGACUUGUCCUUUCUUUGCUUGAUCACCCUAGGCGACAUUCAGACCACAUUGUUUUGACUCUACUCUGUACAUCAUCCUUCAUUGGCUUAUUGGUUGAUAACGCGUUUUGAGGUGGAGAAUCUCUGUUCCUAGUUCUCUCCGGGACAUGGGGUUCUCUCUUCAUGUACCACUACAACAGAAGUACAGUACGAUAGAUAUCAGUACAAAAACAUCAGGACGAAUAUGACAACAAACAGGUCACACAAUAAUGACCACUUAUAUAAAGAAACAUAACAAUUUUCAAAACAUGUAAAUUAUCUGUCUGUUACGUUGGCCUUGCCACAUAUCACAGCUCACAUCAUGUUUGCAGUUCUUGAUUCGGUGGUUGAGUUGAAGGCAUCGGAAGCCGAUAUAUUUCUCCCUUAGAACUGUAAUCUUUUCUUUUAUAACGAUCUGUCAAUGAUGCGCGCUGUUGUUGUAGAUGAGGCAAUGAGGUGUCUCUUCCACUAGGAAUGUGUCAUUCACUCCAGUCUUUCUUACUGUGAAUGCCGAUUGAUGUGGUGUGCAGUCUCCAGCGUUUUUGACAUCUGUAAACUGGAAGCUCGGAUCCUUCUGACCACGAGCGGUGCCCUGUACAAACUUCACGUAUACCUCAAAUGGUGGAAACAUCACAGAGUGCAUUUCUUUGUUCGGCGAAUCCUUCUGACGCCAUUCUAUUUGAAGCCAAUCUUGGAGUUUCUGUUCCAAAAGCUGUAAUCUCCCUAAGCAUCCAAAAGUAGUAGACAUGGAUACUGAUUGAAAUCUCGUAUUAGACUUCCAGAAGACGACAUCCAAAUUCUUCAAGUUUUGUGCAUGGCCUUUGGGAUCUUUUUGAACUGUUCCAUUCUCUUCAUCAAGUGCCGUUCAAUGACUUCGUGAGACAUGCUUCUCGUCUAGGUAUGUUCAUAUCCUUUGUGAGACCCAAAUCAGGCUUGUCGACAUGUAUGUCGUAAAUUUUCUGAACAAGGGACUAAGCGUUCCCUUCGAGAUAAUCUAGGACGAGCUUCAUCUCUUGGAAGGGUUUCAGAUGGAGGUCUUCGUAUUUUCUUUGUAUGACUUCAACUCAUCAUCAGUGACCAUUUCCGUUUGUCUUGUGGCAUCGUUUCAUUUGACAUGUCACACUUUGACAUGUCACACUUUGUCUGUUUUUUUUCUGAGUGGCGGACUCGGUCGUAGACCGCUGCAAAUCUUCUUGAACGCAGAGGGAGUGUUCUUUCAUGGCAGCUGGUUCCAUGAACCCUGCUUCUGCCUGCGCCAUAGCAUAAUCCUUUUCUGCACACAGAAACUGUUUGCGACCUCCUCCUCGUGGCGCCUCAGUUCAGCUUCUUGGCGAUGGAAGAUCUGCUUCUUUUCGGGUAAACUCAAUCUUGGUUAUAUAGGACAGAGUCUAUGCAUGCGCCAGAAUAGCUUGUGGUUAACCUAAACUUCUAACGGUUCUCGUUGAUGACCCUCUGCACUUGAACGAGUCACAAGAUACCUAGUCGAAGUUGAUUUCUUCAAUCGUCUUGAGCAUGUCUCGGAGGUUUUUUUUUCUGUGAAACUGAAAGCUAAAUGCAGAAAGUGCAAUAUGACUUUUAGUACGCGCCAAACUAACAACGUAUUGCAAUGAUGUUGCAAUGAUGUUGCACAAUGCGCUGUGUGCUCUAACAUUGUGCUUAGGCAAAAAAUAGAGCAAAAAACCUUGCUUAAGCAAGGCUAUAAAAAGAAAAAGGUGCGCCCGUUAAGCACAAAAUCGACCGUUACGCAGCUCUAUGAAAUUGAGACCUGUUCUGUAUAUUAUGUACAUAUGGGCUAAAGAUGUCCUCAACGACAAAACACUGCUCUGCUCGUCAGUUCUGCGACCUAAAAACACACAACAGAUACACACAUUCCCUUUUUGCAUCCCUGUGGAGACGUCUUUUGUUCUUUCCUUUGUCCCUGUACUGUAGAUCUUCACAUAGACUUUGUACAUAAAAUUUCUUGUGGAGCACCCAGGUCUGUAGAACUUCCCCAUGGAGUCCUUUUGUUUUGUCCUUGGUCUCCAUAAAGGUAGUAAAAACGAAAGCAUUCUUCACAUUGCACUGCAUACGCACAGCGAGAGUAAACCCUCCAUUCAACGAGCGAUGCCAAUAAGGAAACAAGCUCAUGACUAUUUAUGAUGUUAAGAAGAAAAAAAAUGGCGAUUGGGUCUCUUUAUGCAAGCUCUGCUACACACAAAAUUUCAAGUCAAUAGCCUCACAAAAUCACACAUGUGUUGUGCAGUUGUACAAGCAUAAAUGGACGCCAUUAAUAAUAUUGACGUGUAUUUUACAUAGCGCUUAGUACGGGGUUUCUAAGCCCGAAGCGCUAUACAAUUACAAACACAAAGAAAGCGUAUAAUAAAAUAAAGACAUCUUAAUUUUUAGUGAGAUGAAGUAGCUGAAACUGUAACAAGCUUUGACGAAACUAAAUGAGUGGGUUGUGAGAGCAGUCUUUAAUGAGUCUAAUGGAGGUGCAGAAGUGGAUAUGAAGGUAGUUCCAGAGUGUUGGUUUUGCAAUAGAGAGGUGCGUUCUCCGUAGCGAGUGCGGGGAAAUAGGACCAGGUUGGAGUCUGGGUUGGGGUAGACGAUGAUCGCAAAAUACGAGACGUUGGUUGCUUUCGGGAAUAAGUGGCCGUUUCCUUUUGGCGUGACACUUGGCCUGUUAUAAAAACGUAUCACUUAUGUGUCCAACCCUAUUUGUUUAUUCAUAAGGUUCGUAGUAAACAACAAAAAUGGCUUUUUAAUGGAACUAUAAUGAGCACGGAAAAAGCGGUACUUAAGCCCGUAAUGGAACCUAUUUCCCGCACGACAAAUGCAAUAAUUUCCAUCACGGUUAUGCAUCUUUGAUCCACCGCAUAAUUAUAUUAUCAGCCUGGGUUAAGUGCCGAAAGUAGGGGGAGAGUGGGGGCCGAUGGUUCAAGAGGCCUUUUUUCAUGCGCCAUUUUAUGGGGAGGGUUGUCGUGGCUAUAUAACCACUUCCAUAGGGGGUAAAUGGGUACACAUGUGAGGACAGCCGUCGAUUUCACCAAACUCUUCCUAUUUUUUAACUAAGAAUUAAACUUGUAGGACAUGCGAUGAGUUACUAUCCGUAUCCAUAUACAAUAGGACCAAUGAACCUAUAUUCUAAGCUAGGAUGAGUUACUCGUCCUAACACGAGAUAGGAUUAAUCCUAGCGUUUCGUGAAAUCGGUUCUUGUGAUUGAUUUGGCUCAGGUUACACAGGCUUUGCUAAGGCUCCCCAGAGAGCUGAAAUGAUUUAAAGAAUCAUGAAUUGAAUGACCCAGUGACCAGGGGGUAAUUAAGUUGGAGCACCCUGAGAAGCUCUUCGGAUGUGAAAAGCGAAUGUAAACCGAUUGUUGUUAUUUUCAUAAUAAUACUUAUUUUUUGCGUUGUGUAGAUAGGCCGAAACUAAUAAAAACGAUGAUUUUUGUACUAAACGCCACAGAAGUAACACCUUGUCAUAACUCAUUGAUAUGUAGGGUCUUGUCAAAACAAAUAACAAAAUUAAUGGACUUCUCGUUGAGAAACAAUGCAGCUGUUCAUGGUGUUUGCUGGUUUGAGA